AUGCUCUCUCUCGCCCAGGUCCCGGAUGAGAUACUUCUCCAGAUCCUUCACUACGUCUCAGCAGAGGACACCCUGCUCUCUGUUCACCCUUUAUCAAGACGCUUACACCACCUCGCCAACGAGCCUAUCCUAUGGCGGUACUACUGUCUGCACUCAUUCAAGUAUUGGCACCCGGAACAUCAGUUUCGCGACAAACUACUAGAGCCGGCCUCCAAGGUAUCCUGGAAGCGUCUUUUUCUCUGCCGUAUGCGACGUAACGCUAGAGUUGCCAGCCUCUUCGACGGGGUCCUGGCAACUAAGCAUGGCCGGGUUAAGAAAUUUGAAGAGAUAUGCCUGCUGGGUCUCGAUGCGAAAGACUUCCUCUUAAAUCAAGCACAGACGCCUGAGCUGGCCGAAGAUGUCUUAUCUCGGAGGUACUUUAGCAACGCAAUGCUCGCCAGCAUUCGCCGCGGCGUCGCCAUUCAAAUAUGGGACAGCUUACGGGGUUCGGAAGCAGAAGAGGCAUGGAGAACCAACCAGACCCCAAGAGUCGUCCCUCGCAGGCUGGAGCGUGCCCUGGCUGCGUUUGACAUGUUUGUCCUCCCCGAUGACGUUGGUGACGUUGACGAUGUUUCUAAAACACUGAAUGUGCUGGCAGAUGAGUUCAUCACCGACCACCCUGAUUUCGGCGGCAUGUGCAUCCGCGAUCAGGCAUUGGCCUUGAAUAGAUGGCUAAGAUCAAAGAAUUUGACCGGUAUGAGCAAUCCGGAAACAAAUUACCGCAAUUUGCGAAACUGCCUCAUCGGACAUGCGCUGCGCGAUGAGGCUCAUCAAUCACUACCUAUGGUGUCGGCCGCCAUCUUCUGCUGCAUUGGGGAGAGACUAGGCAUCAACGCUCACUGCUGCGCUCUCCCGGGACAUGUGCUCGUAAUGGUGUUUGCCACCAAAGAUACAAGACUUGACGGGUCUACAUUGACAAAUACCCAGAAGCCGCUUGAGAGAAUGUAUCUGGAUCCGUAUGGGGGCGACGAAGAGUUCAGCAAAGAGACUCUUCGGCACUUUAUAUCUCAGGUGGGAUGGCGUAGCCUAGAUGUCGACACAAUGGCGCCCGCAGCCGUGUCGACAAUGAUCGGGCGGUUGGCUCACAAUAUUCGACAUACAAAUCUCGUUAUGACUUCCCAAGAUGUUUCGAUUGAGAGACUCGCCGGGCUAAGGACGGGUACACCUCUUCAAAACAUGGAGUUAUCUGUGUACGCCGCUGCAUGGGCAACAACACUGCUCGAUCCAGGAGCGUUUGUUGACGUUACGUCGCAUUUCGCACUCCGUUUCAACUCCUUGAGGUUUGAUGAUGCUUGGCUGGUUGAAAAGAUCUAUUUCAAUCGUCCUCAGCCCCAUGGAGAUGUCUUCCUGGCCGCACCUAACCCGGAGUAUAUACUUCGACUUAUAAGACGGGCUGAUGAGCAGCGGCCCGUACUCCGCGAACCCCAGAAUCACAUGGAAUACCAAAUUGGACAUGUCGUCAGACACGGCAGGUACGGGUUUGUGGCAGUCGUCAUCGACGGAGAGGUGCCGCCUUCAGGGUCAAUUCUCUACUACAGGCUGUUGUGA